AAGAAACAUUUCUAUAGCGGUGAUUGGCAACAAACCUUUGGAACUGCAAGAAAACGUACUUCAUUCAUUUUGUUUCACGUGGACUUGAAACAUCUAGGCCGGAGCCAUGGGUCGUGUAAUCAGAGCUCAACGUAAAGGUGCAGGUAGUGUGUUCAAAUCCCAUACGAAGCACAGAAAAGGUGCUCCAAAAUUGCGUGCUGUAGAUUAUGCCGAGAGACAUGGUUACAUUAAAGGAAUUGUCAAGGAAAUUAUUCACGACCCUGGUCGGGGUGCACCAUUGGCAGUUGUCGUUUUCAGAGAUCCAUACAGAUACAAGCAAAAGAAGGAAUUAUUUAUUGCAGCUGAAGGAAUGUACACAGGACAAUUCAUCUAUUGUGGAAAAAAAGCUGUUUUACAAGUUGGAAAUGUAUUGCCUGUCGGAACAAUGCCUGAAGGUACUAUUAUUUGUAAUCUUGAAGAAAAGUCUGGAGACCGUGGUCGUCUUGCCAGAGGCUCUGGAAAUUAUGCUACUGUAAUUUCUCACAAUCCAGAUUCUAAAAAAACUAGAGUAAAAUUGCCCUCUGGAGCAAAAAAAGUUCUGCCAUCCUCUAACAGAGCUAUGGUUGGUAUUGUAGCUGGAGGUGGUCGUAUUGACAAACCUAUAUUGAAGGCUGGCAGAGCAUAUCAUAAGUACAAGGCUAAGAGAAACUCAUGGCCUAAAGUUAGAGGUGUAGCCAUGAACCCUGUUGAACAUCCUCACGGUGGUGGUAACCAUCAACAUAUUGGUAAAGCUUCAACUGUACGAAGAGAUGCUUCUGCUGGUAGAAAGGUUGGUCUUAUUGCUGCCCGUCGUACUGGUCGUAUUCGUGGUGGCAAGACAUCAGUACAUGGAAAAGACGAUUAGAAAUUGUAAUUUGUGUGAAUAAAAAAAUUUUUUGAACA